UGUGGKAAGAGUUUUACUCAUUCAACCARCCUGAUAUCACACCAGAGAACACACACAGGAGAGAGACCUUAUAGCUGUGGUCAAUGUGGGAUGAGUUUUACUCAGCUAAGCAGCCUGAUAUCACACCAGAGAACACACACAGGAGAGAAAAGGUAUAGCUGUGAUGAAUGUGGGAAGAGUUUUUAUACAUCUAGCCAUCUUACUGUACACCAAAGAACACACACAGGAGAGAAACCGUAUAGCUGUACUCAAUGUGGGAAGAGUUUUUUUACAUCUAGCCACCUGAAGAUACACCAGAGAAUACACACAGGGGCGAAACCUUAUAGCUGUACUCAAUGUGGGAAGAGUUUUUUAACAUCUAGCCAACUGAAGAUACACCAGAGAACACACACAGGAGAGAAACCAUAUAGCUGUGGUCAAUGUGGGAAGAGUUUUACUCAGCUAAGCAACAUGAUGUCACACCAGAGAACACACACAGGAGAGAAAUCAUAUAGCUGUGAUGAAUGUGGGAAUAGUUUUACAAAGUUGUGUAAUCUGACUAUUCACCAGAGAACACACUCAGGAGAGAAACCUUAUAGCUGUACUCAAUGUGGGAAGAGUUUUUUUACAUCUAGCCAUCUGAAGAUACACCAGAUAACACACACAGGAGAGAAACCGUAUAGCUGUGAUCGAUGUGGGAAGAGUUUUACUCAGCAAAGCAGCCUGAUUUCACACCAGAGAAUACACACAGGAGAGAAACCUUUUAGCUGUACUCAAUGUGGGAAGAGUUUUGCUCACCUAAGCAGCCUGAUACCACACCAGAGAACACACACAGGAGAUAAACAUAGCUGUGAUCGAUGUGAGAAGAUUUUACUCAGCUAAGCAGCCUGAUAUCAC